AUGUUCUAUUAAAUAAUAAUAUUCAUACUAACACUUCUCAAGUGUUUAGCAUCUAACUAUUAAGAUAUGGUCUUCAAAAAUGUAAUUAGUGACUCUACCAUCAAAUUGAGUGCUUGUUUUAUUAAUUAAAACUUUUUUGCGUUAUGCUCAAAAUAAUCAAACAAUUAACCUUCUUCCUUAUCAGUAUAUGACUUAAACGGCAACUUGAUUCAAACACAAGCUACAAAUUGUGUUUAUAUCGGAUAUAUUGGAGACAACGAAAUAGCCCAUUUAGACUCAUCAUACAACUUUUAUACUUAUAAGCUCAAUCCAAGCUAUCAGCUCGAAAAAUCAUAAUAAUUACCUUCUCCUUAUACAUUUGGUAAAAGCAAUUAUGCUAUUUUUGAUAUUGAAUACCUCUCCUAAAAUAAGUUUGCAGUAGGAGUUGGUUAACCAAUUAAUGUUUAAAAUUCUUUUUAAGUACUAAAUGGGUAUUAUUAGGUUUACUAGAAUUAUCAAAUUUACAAGACAAUCUCAAAAUGCUAAACACUUAAUAAAGGAAUAUUUGAUACUGGAAGUUAGAAUGGAGAUAAUACUUUUAUUUCAUGCAACGAUUAAUUUUUGUUGGGCUAGUAUAAUCCAUUAAAUAAUCUACCAUCAAUUCCUAUUUAUUUAUCAACAUACACUUAAGCGCUUAUUACCUAAUACUCUGCUCAAAAUAGUCAAUUUAUUAUUGAAACCAUAAAUGAUAAUGAAAUUAUGUAGUAAUUAAUUGAAUAUAAUGGUCAUCUUGGUUUUACGCUAUUGUAAUAGAAAGUAGUAUAGAAUAGUUCUGUAAUGAUUGCCCAAAUAAAUAGCAAAAAUGUAUUUAUUCAACAGAAAUAGAUAAUUGCAUACGAUUAAGCGUUUACCAACAAUUAGCAGGCUUACACUUUUAACUUGAAUUCUCCUUCAGAUCUAAUAUAAAGUGGAUAUUACCUUCCUGAUCAGGAUAAAAUACUUUGUCUAACAUUAAACAACCAGAUUUAUCUUUUAGAUUAGAAACAAUGUAACACUGGUUCUUUUUAUUCAACUUCGUAGCAAAAAUGCGUUUUUUGUGAUUCUUCUUGCAAAACUUGUACUUAAUAAGGAAGCUGUAGUAGCUGCGAUUAAAGUUAAAAUAAGGCAUUGAGUUCUUCUACAAAUUUAUGUGUUUGCUAAAAUAAUUUUUAUUCUUAAAAUUCUAAUGGCUAGUGCAUAGCUUGCCCUUCUUAUUGUCAAAAUUGUUCUAUUUAAAACUCUUAGAUGAUUUGUGCCUCAUGCCCAAAUUACUAAAGUCUUAAUAGAAAUAAUGAUUAAACCUGUUCUUGCGCUUCAGGAUAUUACCAGUAAAACGGUUAAGCUUUUUGCUCUAAGUGCAUAGAUGGGUGUUAAUAAUGUAAUUCUAACUUAUCAUGUUAGCUAUGUAUGCCAAAUUAUUUUCUAAAUGGCUAGGGUUAAUGUAUGCCAUGUCCGUCUUAUUGUCAAAACUGCUCAAUUAAUAAUUCUUAAAUGAUUUGUAGCUCAUGUCCAAAUUAUUAGACUUUUAAUAGGAAUAAUGAUUAAACUUGCUCCUGUGCUUCAGGAUAUUACUAAUAGAGUGAUUAAGUUUCUUGUUCUAAAUGUAUAGACGGAUGCUAAUAAUGUAAUUCUAGCUAAAUUUGCUAACAAUGUAUGCCAAAUUACAUGAAAAAUAGUGAAGGUAAAUGCAUAGCUUGUCCAUCUUAUUGUCAAAAUUGCUCAAUUUCUAAUUCUUAAAUGAUUUGUAGCUCAUGUCCUAAUUAUUAAGCUCUUAAUAGGAAUAAUGACUAAACUUGCUCUUGUGCAUUGGGGUAUUAUUAAUAGAUUGGUUAAAAUUCUUGUUCUAAAUGUAUAGAUGGGUGUUAGUAAUGUAAUUCAAACUAAAUUUGCUAACAGUGUAUGCAAAAUUAUUAAUUAAAUGAUUAAGGAUAAUGCUUAAGAGUUUGUCCAAAGAAAUAAUACUACAUUUCUCCUACGUAAUGUGGGACCUGUUUUGAUUAAACAAACUGUUUAAGUUGCACGGAUAGCGGAUAAGCUAGUUGUACAUAAUGUGGAAACAAUACUUUCUUGUAGUAAGGAAUAUGUGUAAAUUAAUGCGGUAAUGAAUUUUUCAUUUCUGAUAUCUCAAAUAAGACUUGCAAAAGUUGUUAAAGCACAUAAAUAAAUUGUAACUAAUGCAGUUACAAUUAGAAUACUCAAAUAUUUACUUGCUAAAAAUGCGAAGUUGGAUUCGAACUAUCAAGCUCAAACAUUUGUGUUCCUAUUUGUCCUUAAUCAUAUAAUUUGAACCCAUCCACUAAUUAAUGUGAAAAAUGUCUAGUAUAGAAUUGCUUAUCUUGUCCUUCAUCAUUUAAUACUUGUUCUAAAUGCGCAUCUAAUUAUUAUUUACUAGGAAAUAAUUCUUGCGUUUAAUAAUGUCCUUAAAAUUAUAGUGCUAAUAGUAAUAACGAGUGUAUUUAAAUAAUUAAGCAAAACCUAUUAAUAAGUCUUGAUUCUCAAGAUAAGAACUCUAUUUAAAUAUCACUUAGUGCUUAAGUCUAAUAAAUUUUAGAGUUAUAAAAUAAAAUAUUAAUAAACAUAAAUAAUCUCUCUCAAAACUAAUUUACUUACAAUUCUUCAUUAAUAAAUAACUAAUAAAUUUCAAUCAGCAUAUUUCCAAUUAACCAAAUAGAUGUUAGUUAAAAUGUUACAGUUUUUAUGGAUAACUAGCUUUUAAAUAAUUUUAACUUUGCUUAUCAGAAAAAUCCAAUUCUUGUUCACUUAUAUAAAAAAGAAGAUGAUAAGCCAGUCGAUACUCAUAUUUCUUAAUAGCUAAGCGAUGCAAGCAAAGCUGCUUCAACUAUAACAUUCAUUUCCAUGAUACCACUAACAAUUACUGGUUCAUUUUGGAUUAUUUCUUCUCUUUUAGACAUCUGUUAACUUAUUUAUUUGAACUUAUUCAUUAAUACAAAAAUAUCUUCAGAAUUAAGACAAUUCUUGGAAUCUUAAAAGAGUUUUGAAAUACCAUUCUUCAAUUAUUUCUCAACAUUGCCUAACUACAAAAAAAUACAUUAUUAAUCUGAUGAGAUAUUUGAAGAAAAUGAAUAUCAAGGAUUCCUUCUUAGUAAUCUAGGUGAUUCUCUUUCUUUAUUGAUAACUCUGCUGUCUCUUAUGCUCAUUUUACAUCUCUUAGCAUUGAAAUUCAAAGACACAAAGUACGUAGGCAGAUAUCUCGCCCUUAUUAAAAAUAACCUUGUUACACCUUUUGUAAUUUUAGAUUUACUUUGGAGUGUCUACUAAGAUAUAGGAUUCUCUACUAUUUUACAGUUGUUCACUGUAUAAUAACCUGAAUAUGUUGAAGAAUAUCUAAAUUACUUUAUAUUUGGAUUAUCUUUUAUUUUCUGCUUCUUCCCUUUUGCACUAAUUUAUCCUCUAAAAUAUAAAAAUUACCCCAUUCUAGAGUAAGCAAUGGGCGAACAUCUCAGAAAUAGCUUCUAUAAAAUAUUUCUUUAUUUCAGAAAAUUCCUUUAUGUGAUAAUAGCCGGAGGAUUACAAAUUAGUAUAAAUGCUUAAAUAGGACUACAAAUUGGAUUACAUUUUUGCUCUUUAAUAAUUUUAUUUUGUGUGAAGCCUUACAAAUAAAAGUUUUAUAAUUACAAAGAAAUUUUAUAAGUAACUUUCUUUCUUGCAUCUUCAAUAUCUUAUGCAAUAAUGAUACAAUAAAGUGAUGACUUAAAAGAAUAAGAUCAAAAAGAUUAUCUAACGAUGCUAGGUUGGAUUAUAAUUUCAUUCUUUAGCAUAAUAAUCUUGUCUGAUUUUAUUAGUUGUAUAAAAGAGGUUUAUACCAUAUUAAAAAAAUUUAUUUAAAAAAUAAAAUAAAGUAAAAACAUCAAUAAAAUUCAUCCUUAAAUUAACUCUGCUAAAUCUAACUAUGAAUCUAAUACUAAGAAUAUUUUCAGCAAUGAAAAUUUUAAAUUAUAAGAUUCAAUUGAUACAAUUGAGACUAUUAGAAAAAAAAGAUCUAGAAAAAAUAAAAAUGGAUUUGUCAAAGAAGUGUUUAAUCAAUUACAAAACCAUAAAAUUUGUGUAAAAAAUGAUGAGAAUAUUUAAUAGAAAAAAUCACAUUUUAUUAACUCUUAAAUGAAUUUAAAUUAAAAAUCUUCUAACCUUACUUGUAUUGAAAAAGAAUUGUAAAAAAUCUAAAUAAAUAGCAGAAUUUAAGAAAAUAGCGACAACAAAGAAGUACCUAGCAUGCAAUAUGAUAAUAUGAGUUGUAGUACAUUUAGACCAAGUUUUAGUUGA